CCCCCAGACUACAACUCCCGGCAGCCACCGCGCGGGCGCGCCCCUUACGUCAUCUCUGCGCGCCGCCGCCAUGGUGCAGCUGGGGAGCCGCCUGCUGAGGGGCCGCGGCGGCCACGUCGUCAUCCGCUUCGCGCUCGGGGGCUGCACCAACCGCCCGUUCUUCCGCCUCGUGGCUGCCAACAGCCGGCGCGCCCGCGACGGGAAGUACCUGGAGCAGCUGGGCUGCCUGGACCCGCUGCCCAACGCGCACGGCGAGAAGGUGGCGGGGCUCAACCUGGAGCGGCUGCGCUACUGGCUGGGCUGCGGCGCGCAGCUCUCCCGGCCCGCCGAGCAGCUGCUGGGUAGGCGCGGGGUGCCGGGGGUGGGGGCCGCGCCCGGGCCGCGCUCACCGCUCUCCCCCGCAGGGCUGGCCGGCUUCCUGCCGCUGCACCCCAUGACGGUGACCGGCGCCGAGAGGCUGCGCCGGCGGCGACAGCGCGAGCAGCAGACACAGGCUGCCCCUGCCGAGGGCUCGGCUGAGCCCGGCAGCGGCACCGCGGCCUGACACGGCCCGGCCGGCAGGGGCCGAGCGGCCCGGGACAGCACCGACCCGGGAUAACAUCGACCUGGGACUGCUCCGGCCCGGGACAGCUCCGGCCCGGGACAGCACCGGCCCGGGACAGC